AUGGUCAACUCGGCCGGUCGCAAUGCCGACCUGUACCUCGAAGGUCUUCUCUUUAAGAACGCAUCCGUGACGCCGGCGCAAACGUCGUACCUCCGGUCCAAGCUUUCGGAAGCCUUCGAGUGGGGCAAGCCCGUCGGCGACUGCUCCGACGGCCUCACCACGAGCACACACCUCGCCAACGCCAUCGACAUUUGCGUCUCCAUGCCGCUCUUCCAGCAGUGCGACGCGCUGGCAAAGUCCGUGCCGCAGUACUUUAGCAACAUCCACAACGUACUCUCGGAGCGGCUGCUCGAAGACGGCGCCACCAGCUCCGUGCCUGGCAUUCUCGAGAAUGACAAGCUGACGACGCUCGCAACCGAGUUUGUCCACGUGAUGAAGGUCCGCACCUCGAUCACGCGCGAGUCCAACAAGAUUCGCUGCAAGGGAUACAACGCGACCACCGAGAUUCUGCUUCGGCCGUCGUCUGCUUGGACGAGCCAAUUGUCUUUCGCCGCCAUCGCGGUGCUCGUUUGGUUUUUUCCUCUAAUGUCCUAA